GUGGAGAAAAGGUUUCUGGGUUUGAUCGAUUGGGAGAAUUCAGAGAAUUCCUUGGGAAGAGGAUGGCUUCGAAGAGUGUGGUGGUUUCCGAAAAGCCCGUGAAGCACGUUGGGCUCAGCGACUGGCAAGCAAGGCUCAAUGAGGCGAGAUCCGUGGCCACGGCCAGGCGCAAUGACGCCUUCGAGGUGCGCCACGCGGCCAGGAAUCUGCGGAACGAGACGGACAUCCAGUCAAAGUGGGAUUGCUAUCACAACACGAGGCGCCUGGAGAGUCGCGUGGAGGAAGUGAACCAGUGGCGAGAGAGCCUGGAGGAGUGCCUGAGUCGUGUGGAGCGCGAGAUUGACAUCCUGAGGGCGGAGAAGGCGCAAACGGAGAGGGAAUUGGAAGCUCUGGCCACUCCGCUGACCGUGGUGUCAGAAUGCCUGGCCACGAGGGAUUCUCGGUGGGAGAUCGAGAUGACGUAUGACGAGGCGGAAAAGCUGCUGAAGCUGGAGCUAUCGCUGGUGGAGAAGAACCAAAUAAUGCUGAGGGAUCAGUGCCAGUCGGCCUGGGAGAAGCUGAACGCUCUUGAGGACGUUCGCUUCCAGCUGAAUCUUGAGAUUUGCAACAAGAAGGAGGCCGAAGGCAUCGACAUCGAGCAGAUGCAUCUCAACAAGUUCUCAGCCAAUACCACGUUCAAAAGCAAUCCGCAGAGAAUCCCGAAAGAGUCCUGCACGCACGAAGGCUGGCUCACAAACACGAAGAACGUGAAGAGUCUGGCUGAGAAUGAGCUGAAGGACACCUACGCUCUGCGGGAGUCUCUGUUCGUGACACGCGAGAAAACCCGAAAUGAGCUGCACGCGCAGCAAGAUCUCGUGGAUCACACCAUUCGCCGAAGGAUCUUCGAGACACAGCGCGCGAGGAAUGAACUCAAGUGGCAGAUUGGGAAGACGGAGGAGGAGAUGAAUCUCUGUCUGGUGGAGAUCGAGGCGCUUGAGAAGGCGAUUGAAGACAAGAAGGAAGUGCUGAAAUUGGCUGAAAGUCGCCAGGAGAGUCGCUUUGCACGAUCGGGCUUUGAACUGUGUCGAGAUGAGCCUUUUCAGGGUCUCUGCGGUGAAAUCUCGCAGCUCAGAGAUACACUAAACACGCUCACGAACCAGCUGAAUGUGGUCAAAGGGAACUACAGCGUUUUGGAGGAUCAGCACUGUCGUCUGACCAGGGAUCUUGAGAACAAAGAGCACUCGCUGAUGGUGGAAGUGAGGACGCUGGAUCAGCGGGAGAGGCUGAAGAGUUGGCAGGGCAAAGAGUGCAGAUCACAAACCGGGAGGAACAUUCGACUGACUGGUCUGGAGCACGAAAUUCCCAAGUCCAGCUACAUAUAAUGCCCGUUACUAUUUGAAAGCUCCUUCGUCAAGUAGAUUUUUCGAUAUAUGUAGUGUCGAUAAAAGCUCAAUUUCCGCCGAUUUCGACAUACAUGAUUUCUUAUUGGC